AUGGAGUUGCCUGCGCUGGGUCCCCCGGGGCCGGGUCAUAGGCCCUGUCCCUUGCCUGAUAUUUUACGCCUUCAUCUCUCCAGGUCUUUUAGCUUAGAAAAAGAAAUAUGCAAUUAUGUAACUGUUUGGCAAACGGAGUACUUAGGAGAAGACACCUACAAACAUCUGAUUGCUCUAGCCAGUAUCGAUUUAAUGGCAGCACUUCUGACGGUUCUACUAAACUCGCUGGUCAUUUUUGCCAUAGUAACAAGACGCCGAUUGCGGGACAACGCAACCAUAUUACUAGCCUGUUUAGCCGGGGCUGAUUUGCUUACAGGACUGGUUGCUCUCCCCAUUGCGUUCUCGGUAGAAUUGAAGCGGCUUCUUGAUGUUGGUCCAUUCUGUCCUUUAGAAAAGACGUAUGUAGCGGCCGUUGCGAUCGUCGGGUUUGCUUCGCUCAGUCAUCUGGUCGUGAUUAGCAUGGACCGAUUCAUUGCCAUUAAAUAUCCCUUGAAGUACCAGGACAUUGUCACAGUAAAGAAGAUAGUAAUCAGUAUUAUCCUAGCCUGGGCUAUCACACUUCUUGUGACAAUCAAUGAAACUGUUUUGGCUUCGAUAGACAGUGAAGGGAAAAUCUACUCACUUUUCUUUAACGUGACUUUAAUAAUAAAUCUUAUCAUCGUAACUUUCUUCCUUGCUGCCAUUUCACUCUCAUACGGUUACAUUUACUCAGAAACUCGCCGGCAGAUUAAGCGUCUCAACACCGAACAGCUACCUCAAGAAGAAAUUGAAAAAGUCAAAAAAGACCGCAAGGCAGCUACCACUUUGGCAAUCAUUCUUAUUGCUUUAGUGAUGACCUAUAUACCAAUAAUACUGGCUGCAGUUGCUGCUUCUCAAAACAGCAACGUACCGCCGCGUUUUCUAAUCAUCUUAACGAGCUGGGUACAAACCUGUGUUAUGUUGGGUUCUCUUUGUAAUCCUAUUAUUUACUGCUGGCGAAUGAAGAAGUUACGGCGCGCAUUUCUCGAC